UGAUUGGUCAUUGGGAACAGUGGUGAUCAGUGAUUGGUCAUUGGGAUCAGUGGUGAUCAGUGAUUGGUUGCAGGUGUACCUGCUCUCUCAGCAGCUGUGAUGUGAGCUGGAGAGCAGUAUGGAGCUCAGGACAAUCACUAACUUCUGUUCAGAAAGUCGCUAGAUUUCUCGCUCGGCUCUUUUUUCUUUUAUUAAAGUCGCUAAAGGGGUUUAAAAAGUCGCCAAAUCUAGCGAUAAAGUCUCUGAGCUGGAGACUCCGAGUCCUGGUCCAGCGCUGCAUGUGACUCUCCGCCCUUCCAUUAGGUGGCAGUAAUGAUCAUCACACGAAGCCACCUUUACAAAGCAGAAGAAAAACGUGGUGUUGUGUGGAUUCGGUCUGAAUAAAGCAACCGAACUGCUGCUUCAUGUAGAUUUUAUGUAGUAGCACUUUACACUCUGUUACAGGGAUUGCUGCUGCUGCGUAAUCCACAACUGAGAUUCACUUUUGGCAAAUGAAGGAAAAUAAGGAGAACACCACUCCUGCUGUUCACGUCACCAAUCUGGACCACAUUAAGCCAUGCUGGUACUGGGACAAGAAGGACCUGGCACACACUCCGUCCCAGUCCGAGGGCCUGGACCCGGCCACGGAGGCCCGGUACCGCCGAGAGGGAGCCCGCUUCAUCUUUGACGUAGGAACUCGACUCGGGCUACAUUAUGAUACCUUGGCUACUGGGAUUAUAUACUUCCACCGGUUCUACAUGUUUCAUUCUUUUAAACAAUUUCCAAGAUAUGUGACAGGAGCCUGCUGUCUGUUUUUGGCUGGAAAGGUUGAAGAGACUCCAAAGAAGUGUAAAGACAUAAUCAAAACAGCUCGCAGCCUGCUUAACGACGUGCAGUUUGCCCAGUUUGGGGAUGAUCCGAAGGAAGAAGUUAUGGUGUUGGAGAGAAUAUUGCUCCAGACAAUCAAGUUUGAUUUGCAAGUGGAGCAUCCAUAUCAGUUUCUUCUGCGUUAUGCCAAACAACUGAAAGGCGAUAAAAAUAAAGUGCAGAAGUUGGUGCAGAUGGCCUGGACGUUUGUGAAUGAUAGCCUCUGCACCAUGCUUUCGCUCCAGUGGGAGCCAGAGAUCAUAGCUGUCGCAGUCAUGUACUUGGCUGGUCGCCUGUGUAAGUUUGAUAUCCAGGAGUGGACGUCCAAACAGUCGUCUCGCCGUUGGUGGGAGCAGUUUGUACAAGACGUCCCUGUGGAGCUGUUGGAAGACAUCUGCCACCAAAUCCUGGACUUGUACUCUCAGGGCAAGCAGCCCAUUCCACAGCAGCCCCAAAUGCAGGAGAAAGACAAGCCACAGCCUUCUCCUACAGGCCUGCUCAGUCAACCAGGAGGAAACUCUGCAGCACUGCCACCAUCCAAGAAGAACUCUCCUCAGGCCAGCCCGCCACGGCAACUAAAACGGCAACACCCUUCUCCAAAAGAAGAGCCAAAAGUUGCCACAGAGCAAGUUGGUUCUAAAAUACCAAGACUGGAGAGCCCAAUGCCUCCGCUGCCCGUUAACCAGCCUCCUGAUCGCAAACCCCCACCCUCAGCCCCUGCCCCUCCCACAGAAGUAGACCCAGCAGCCUCUGCUGAUUCAGACUUACCAAAGGCUCCACCUCCACCCCACGGAGCUCCGCCCCCUCUGCCUCACCGUCCGCCUCCUCCUCCACCCUCUAGCUACAUAAUGGGCAUGUCCACAACCAGCUCCUACAUGUCCAGUGAGGGCUAUCAGAGCCUGCAGUCUAUGAUGAAGACAGAUGCACCAUCCUACCCUCAUUUGCCACCUUCUUACGGGAUGCCUUACCACCCACAUGUUUACCCGCCUCCCAGUGCCCCUCCGCCAGGCCCACCACCACCCGCAUCUUACCCUCCUCCCAAUCUUCCUCCACCCACUCCAGCCUACCCACCACCAGGCUACAACCACAGCUACCCACCACCUCCACCACCGCGCAUGCCACCCCCGGGCAUGGCUUUACCUGCCGGGUAUCCGCCUCCACCUGUCCCUCCAGGUCAGCCGCAAGUACCCAUGCCACCUGUCAUGCCACCAGUGGCAAGCAUGAACCGUGGAGCCUGGAUGAGAUGAAAAAAAGCAAAGGAAAGUGUCACAGGCCAUAUGGAUAGAUGAUGGGCAUGUGUUUAGAAUGGUCUAGUUCUGAAUAACAUUUUUCCAAACUUGUGCUGUCUCAGGAAGAUAGAUCCGAACAAUCUUUUCGCACUGUUGUCAGUUUGACCUUUAAUUAGAUAUAAAUCCAUGGUCAUGUUUUUGUAUAUAUUUUGUCCAGACUCACUCACUUUAGAAGGCAGGGUUGCACACACAGCUUUUUGUAUGGCCAUAUAUCAAAUUAACUCUCAUAAUAGUCUGUAAGACUGGCGUCUCAUUCAGGGUGUGUCCCUGCCACGCCCCCCGGGAUAGGCUCUGAAUCCACUGUGAUCCAAAAUAUAAUAAUGCAGUUAUUGAAGGUGAAUGAAUAGUCCAUAAAAUUGAUUAGAUUAGCGUUAAAGGGCAGCUUCAGCAGUCCACCAGAGUGCAGCGUGUGUACUUGUAUCAGUGUAUCAGGAUUUGUAGGAUAUAACCUGAGUGGUGUGAUUCUGGCUCUUACUACUGACAAUAAUUUUGACAGCAUCAGACCUGACCAAGAUUGUGAUUAUUUCUUUGAAGAAAAUGUUUCUUGUUCAGAAUCAUACAUCCAUUCCAUACAACCCUGUGAAACCUUUUCAGACCCUUGGACCUUUUGAGAACUUCAGCUCUUUUUGAAACCCUUGUGUGCUAUUUUGUGCCUAUACUGCGCUAACAUUAGCUACCGUCAAAUGUGUCCAAUUCACAGAACCAUUGACACAGUAUGAGUGUAUUGUGUAAAUACUUUUCAUGACUAAUCUUAACUUAGCUGAUAAAUCUGCAGUGCAUGUAUACAGCAGCUUUGGGAUUUAUUUGGCAUUUGGUGUAAUAAAAGUCUUUUUCCUCCCCAGA